UUUGGGGCCAGAGCGCAUUUGACGGAACGGACCGACGGACGCACGCGUAUUGUUGUGAUGAAAGGGAAUAUCAUGAUCCAUCGUCAUCCGUUCAAUUUUUCGAUACGAUAGCCCUCGAAGACUAGAAGAACGAAUACUCGAUGUCGUCGAUCUCCGUAGUUUCGCGUCUUUGCUUAAGAAUUACGCAUUUUCGCGGGACUUUCUGAGACUAACCUAAAAAUGUUGCUACGUGUAAAUCCAAGCGAAUAGUUUUCCAAUUACGUACGUGUCAAUGUAUCCUACUAAUGACCUUAUUUUACGCGAUAUAUUUGAGACAACCUUCAGUUUUGCUGUUUAAGUGCUUAUAGUAAAUUUCGGACAUCGACAAUGGCAGGAGAACAACAACAAUUUUUUCUUAAAUGGAAUGAUUUCCAAUCCAAUAUGGUGUCAUCAUUUAAACAUUUGAGAGACGAAAAAAGCUUUACAGAUGUAACGUUAGCUUGCGAUGGGCAAACUUGUAAAGCUCAUAAAAUGGUGUUAUCGGCUUGUAGUCCCUAUUUUAAAUCCCUAUUAGAGGAGAAUCCGUCCAAACAUCCCAUUAUAAUUUUAAAGGAUGUCGCUUAUAGUCAUCUUCAAGCGAUUCUGGAAUUCAUGUAUGCAGGUGAAGUAAAUGUUUCACAGGAUCAACUACCAGCCUUUCUUAAGACCGCAGAUCGACUCAAAGUUAAAGGAUUAGCUGAAGCGCCAGGUGCCAUUAAAAGGGAAGGUUAAAAAAAAAAGUUGUGGUCUUUGGAAAGCGUGCAGACUGAAAAAAAAACUGUAAUAAUGUAAAGUGAUUGCGCAAACACAUACCGUACACAUAUACAGACACAAUACAGUGCACAACUCAGUGUCCUCUGGUUCACGACUAGGAUCAAUGCAUUGCAACAAUGUAAAUUAUAAAUUUUCUUAUCUUCGGUUAAUGUUAUCGUUGUAUCGGACUUAGAUGUAUUAGUAUAUGCAAAAUGUUGAUGCUCGUCUUGAACCCAAUGUGCCACAGUGUUGCGACAACAUUGAUUAUUUUUUUAAAAUAGAGUGCUGCAAAAAGCGGAUAAAUAUGGGUCGCGAUAAUCUAUGAUGCAUGCUGACCGGGGCAGUUUUGUAGAUCAUAUGGAAAUGUUAAAGGAAUCUUUUAUGACUGGUUGUUUUUUUAAAUUUGAUUUAUCGACAGAAUAUUAUUUCUUAUUGGUUUACAGAUCUAUUCACGAGGUACAGAAAUCUUGUUUGAUGUACAGUUUGUUGUUUAAGAUUUAUUAACACUUAGCAUUGUAUAAUAGCAUAGAAGGAUCUAUGGUUGUAAGGAUAAAAGACAAACUCUAAUGGUAAAUGAUAUUGUCUUCUAUCGUGGAUAGAUUUGCAAAAAUCCCCGGCCAUCCAUUUAAAGAAUGUUAGAUCAAGUUUACUGGAAGUUGUAACGUGCGUGUCGCACAUUCCUUUUUUAUUAUUUGUGUGAAUUGAUAGAUCGCGUUGUUCCUUUACACUUGACAGACGGUAAUAACAAAGAUUAUUCGUAAUACUUUCAAACUACCCGGUACCAGUUACCUCUUCUAGUGAUCAUGAUUUUUACUUAACCAAAUACUGCCAGUAUUUGUACCGGCGUAUUCACAAUAUUACCGAUAGACCAAAUUUAUUUAUGAUAAUAUAUUAAGGGUUGAUUCUCUCAAAACAAGAGAAGGUUAUUGUAAUAUAAGUGAAAACAAAUUUUUGUAAAGUCGGAGCGCACAGUUCCUUUCUCCUCCAGAAAUUCAGGAUAAUUAGUGAAUAUAAGAAGGAAGUCAGGAAACAUUAUCGAGUCAAGGACAUGAAUAUUGAUACAAUACAUCAAUAAUCUUGACUUUAUCUUUUUUUUUUCUUUUUUUUUUUUUAUCAAUAUGCUGUUGUUAAAUGUUUUUAAAAAGACUUAAUGAUCUCGACAGUUUGAUCCGUUUAUCUGAAAUGGAUCUUGCUCUUCGUGGUAUUUCAAUAAGACUUUUGUAAAAGAAAGAUGAAUUAUAGACUACUAUGAUGAGUGAUUGGGUUUUGUUAGAAACAAAAGUACACUUUUUAUACUUUGCACGUGUCCUUAAAAAAAUGUUUUUAUUUUUUUGGAUAUAUCAACCAUGUAUAAUGAAAUUACAUAUUAUCUCGCGCAUUUUAUUAUUUUCUUUCGUUUUUAAAGGAAACAAGUCCAAAGCUCAUAAUUCCUGACUUUACUUUUAUCAUUUCUUAUGUAUUAUUAAACUGGCUAAUUGCAAAAAUAACACACGCGAUUCUCGUGCAAGCGCGCUAAUAUAGUGCCUGAUACGGUUCAUACAUUCGACACAUUUGCAAUUUGGUUUCGAACCAUAAUGCAUAAGUAUAAGUAUUUUUACAACGCCGAUUACUAAUUAGAAUUAAAAAUACGUUCGUACCGUGAAAAGUUGUAUGUACUACUUCCUGACACACAACAUAAUGAGAUUGCAGUGCUUUUUUCUUGUACGUAUAUGCCGUUUCGGACGAUUUUGCGAAAAUAUCAGAUUAAUGUAGUUCAUUUGCAAAACAA